AUGGCGACCACCAAAGAUGAGAAGGCAGUGAACAUCACUCCUGCUCUUUCGGAGAAGUAUGAUGAGAAGGUCGGCGGCGUUCACGAGAUCGGCCUUGACCGCAUUGACUCGGAGGAAGCACAGGUUCUUGAAGGACAUCUCGAUGUUACCGAAGAGGAUCUCCUCCAAGCGAAGGCUGCGGCUGAGACCCUCAGUCUCGAAGAUGUUGUCAAGUUGAUGAAGAAUGUCGUCAGCAUGCAUGGACGCGAUCCCAACUUUCCGCACGUGGUUCUUGAAAAGAUCCAGGAAUUCCUAGCCAACGAGGAAAACAUCCUCUCGAACCCGGAAAAGCACCAUGAGAUCAUCACCGAGAUGAAGAUUGAAGCUGCUCUCAUCCAGAGCAACAGUCCCUAUGCCGAAGUGCGCGCCGUUGUCGACAACACCGACGACCCUUCUACACCGUGCUCAACCAUUCGUUCGUGGACCAUUGGCAUCUUGUUCUCUGUCAUCCUAGCCUUUGUCAACCAGCUCUUCAGUGUCCGCCAGCCCAGCAUUUCGAUCGAAUCCAACGUUGCUCAGCUCCUCGCCUUCCCUCUAGGCAAAGCCUGGGAAAAAUGGAUGCCCUAUUACGAGUUCACCCUGUUUGGCACCAAGCAUAACCUCAACCCGGGGCGGUUCAGCAAGAAGGAACACAUGCUGAUCGCCAUCAUGGCAAACACGGCCAAGUCGCUGCCCUACACGCAGUACAUCGUGUGGACCCAGGUUCUGCCGCAAUACUUUAACCAACCUUAUGCGAACAGCUUUGCGUACCAGAUUUUGAUUGCGUUGAGCACCAACUUCAUCGGCUAUGGCCUUGCUGGUAUUACUCGCCGCUUCAUCGUCUACCCUUCCUACUGUGUCUGGCCUGCAUCUCUGGUAACUAUCGCCCUCAACUCGGCUCUGCACCACGAGGAGAACCAUACGGUUCCCGGCCCAUUCAAGAGGCUGUACAGUAUGUCGCGCUUCAAGUUUUUCAUGUGGGCUUUCGGCGCCAUGUUCGUGUACUUCUGGUUCCCCAACUAUCUCUUUGAGGCUUUGACAUUCUUCUCCUGGAUGACAUGGAUUGCUCCCAACAAUCUGAACCUGAACAUUCUCACUGGAUUCCAAAACGGCACUGGCAUGUUCAACCCCUUUCCUACCUUCGACUGGAACGUUAUGCUUUUCGACGCCGUUGACCCUCUUAUGGUGCCUGCUUUCACCACCUUCAACAAAACCUUCGGCAUGGCGUUUUUCGGCUUCAUCAUCCUAGGCAUUUGGUACACCAAUGUCUGGAAUACUGGCUAUCUCCCAAUCAACAGCAACCGUGUGUUUGACCACCACGGGAGCCUGUACAACGUCUCGCGGGCCAUCAACGAGAAGGGCAUGUUCGACGAGGCGAAGUACAUGGACUAUAGCGCCGCAUAUCUUUCAGCCGCCAACACGAUUGUGUAUUUCGCCUUCUUCGCCAUCUAUGCGGCCACCAUCAGCCACAUCAUUCUUUUCCACCGGGCCGAGAUCGCCAUUGGAUUUAAGAACAUUUGGAAGGCUGUGAAGCCCAAGAGCUGGAUCAAGAGAAACGCCGCCGGAGAGAGUGUCGAGGAAGAGGAUAUUGGGUACAAGGAUGUGCAUAACCGUCUGAUGGCUGUUUACCCCGAAGUUUCGGAACUGUGGUACUUGGGCUGCCUCGUCAUUGCCAUGGCCCUUGGCUUUGCUGGUGUUGCCGCCUGGCCCACAUACACCACUGCUGGUGUCGUUCCCUACGGCCUGUUCCUUGCCAUCAUUUUCGUCAUCCCUAUUGGCAUCAUCAAGGCUAUGACGGGUAUCGAGGUCACCUUGAACGUGUUGGCCGAGUUCAUCGGUGGUGCUUGGGUUGAGGGUAACGCCUUGGCCAUGAACUUUUUCAAGUCUUUCGGCUAUGUGACCUGCGCGCAUGCCAUCAGCUUCGCCAACGAUCUCAAGCUCGCUCACUACAUCAAGAUUCCUCCCCGCCACACUUUCACCGCCCAGAUGGUGGCCACCCUCAUUUCCACCCUCAUCUGCACCGGUGUGCUCAAUUUCCAAGUCAACAUCGAGAACAUAUGCCAGCCCAACGCGCCCAUGCGCUUCUUCUGCCCCGGCAUCAACACCUUCUUCACUGCCGCCGUCUUGUGGGGAACCAUUGGUCCCGUCAAGGUGUUUGGUAUUCACGGACAGUACAAGUGGCUCCUUCUGGGCUUCCCCAUCGGCCUCUGCAUCCCCAUCAUCUUCUGGCUCGUCAUCCGCAAGUUCCCGCGCAACAAGUUCAUCCGUCAGUUCCACCCCGUGGCGCUGUUCUACGGUGGACUCAACUGGGCGCCGUACAGCAUGAGCUACUGCUGGCCGGCGGUCCCCAUUGCGUGGUUGAGCUGGAUCUAUGUGCGCAACAGGUACUUGGCGUUCUGGUCCAAGUACAACUUUGUGUUGAGCGCGGCCUUCAGCGCGGGCAUUGCGGUCAGUGGUAUCGUGAUGCUGUUCUCGGUGCAGUGGGCUAGAGUGAGCGUUGAGUGGUGGGGCAACACCCAACCGUAUACGGGCUGUGAGGAUACGGCUUGCACGAUCAAGACGCUGUCGGAGGGAGAGAGGUUCUUCCCCUGGUGGGACGCCACCAAGGUCCCGGCCCCUUAA